AAAUUCACUUUUACUAUUGGUUUAUACUAAUUCUAAAGCACUACGAUGGGAGAAAAUAGCAUAUCCAUAGAAAACAAGAGAUUAUGAUCCAAAAAGGCAAAGUACCUCGUCCACUCAAUCUAUGUGUACACGACAUUGUUCCUAAGUGCACCCCACCCAAGUACACACACGACACCACAAAAAUAAACAACCUAAAAUAAAUCAAAAACAAAAACAAAAACAAAAACAAAAAAACAUAAACUUGGGAAAUUACAAACAAGGAUGCUUAGGAGCAGCAGCACUAUAGUAGCAGCUACUAGCGUUGGUGUUUGUCACACUCAAAGAUUAUUAUGCUCACAUAAUACACUUCCCAUAAAUUAUAGAUUUUCUCAUUCUUCUCGUAACCCUUUAUUGUCAAAUUCUGCGUUUGUUAAAUGGAAAAGAAACAUUGGUAGUUCUAAUAACAACCGAUUUAGAAUGGCAACACAAGCAUUGGCACAACCUCUUCAGAAUGCUGAUGAGCUCAUUGAUUCCGUUGAGACUUUUAUUUUCGACUGUGACGGAGUUAUAUGGAAAGGUGACAGCUUAAUAGAAGGAGUGCCUGAAACGCUCGACAUGCUUCGAGCAAAGGGAAAAAGAUUGGUUUUUGUCACCAACAACUCAACUAAGUCUAGGAAACAAUAUGGAAAGAAGUUUGAAACACUUGGCCUUACUGUCAACGCGGAGGAGAUUUUUGCAUCGUCUUUUGCGGUUGCCGCGUAUUUGAAAUCCAUUGAUUUCCCAAAAGAUAAAAAGGUUUAUGUCAUUGGAGAAGAUGGCAUCUUGAAGGAGCUUGAGCUUGCUGGAUAUCAGUACGUUGGUGGGCCGGAAGAUGGCGGGAAAAAGAUCGAGCUUAAGCCAGGGUUCUUGAUGGAGCACGACGAUGAUGUUGGAGCAGUUGUUGUGGGGUUUGAUCGCUAUUUCAACUACUAUAAAGUCCAGUAUGGAACUCUGUGUAUACGUGAAAACCCUGGAUGUCUUUUCAUUGCUACGAAUAGAGAUGCUGUUACUCAUCUCACAGAUGCUCAAGAAUGGGCAGGUGGGGGCUCUAUGGUUGGUGCACUUGUUGGAUCUACUCAACGUGAACCGCUAGUUGUUGGAAAACCCUCAACUUUCAUGAUGGACUACUUAGCAAACGAAUUUGGCAUUUCAAAGUCACAGAUAUGUAUGGUUGGGGACAGAUUAGACACUGACAUUUUGUUCGGACAAAAUGGUGGCUGCAAAACUCUACUUGUCCUCUCUGGUGUAACCACACUGCCGGUGCUUCAGAGUCCAAACAACACCAUACAACCAGACUUCUAUACCAACAAAAUUUCAGAUUUUCUUUCACUAAAAGCUGCAGCUGUAUGAUGACUACAUGUUUUACGAGAUUUCGAUAAAUGAAGUUGUGAUAUUGUAUUUAACAGUUCUUAAAUAUGUUUUAUAAAUCCUUGUAAACAACUUCUAAAAGUUGGGAACAAACCACUUUGAGAGGGGAGGCUAUAUUCUUUAACAAGUAAUCACUACAAAACUACUUGGACACUAAAGUGCUUUCAAUACACAAGAUUUUCUUAUUACAA